CAAUAAUUCGGGAUUUGGGACGUUGGAAACCAUUAUUUUUGUCGUUGUCUCUUUGUGUCUUUGUCUUUUGUGGUCUAACGGUGAACAAAAUCAGGAAAAAUGAGGGAAAUUGUCCAUAUUCAGGCAGGGCAGUGUGGCAACCAAAUUGGAGCAAAGUUCUGGGAGGUUAUCUCCGACGAGCAUGGCGUCGACCCCACAGGGACGUAUCAUGGCGACUCCGACCUGCAGCUCGAACGCAUCAAUGUCUACUACAACGAGGCCAGCGGGGGCAAGUAUGUACCAAGGGCGAUAUUGGUUGACCUCGAGCCUGGAACCAUGGACUCGGUGCGUGCUGGCCCAUUUGGACAGAUUUUCCGACCAGAUAAUUUCGUCUUCGGACAAAGCGGUGCCGGAAACAAUUGGGCAAAAGGUCACUACACAGAGGGCGCUGAGCUGGUGGAUUCAGUCCUGGACGUUGUAAGGAAAGAAGCGGAGAGCUGCGACUGCUUGCAGGGCUUCCAGAUGACGCAUUCUCUUGGCGGCGGCACCGGCUCCGGAAUGGGAACACUGCUUAUUUCCAAGAUACGAGAGGAGUAUCCCGACCGCAUUAUGAAUACCUUUAGUAUUGUGCCUUCUCCUAAAGUAUCUGAUACCGUUGUUGAGCCGUACAACGCUACGCUGUCCGUGCACCAGUUGGUAGAGAAUACGGAUGAGACAUUCUGCAUCGACAAUGAAGCCCUGUAUGAUAUAUGCUUCCGCACUCUGAAGUUGACGACUCCAACGUACGGCGACCUCAACCAUCUGGUGUCUGCAACCAUGUCUGGCGUGACCACCUGCCUACGAUUCCCUGGCCAGCUGAACGCCGACCUCAGGAAGCUGGCCGUCAACAUGGUGCCCUUCCCCCGUCUUCAUUUCUUCAUGCCCGGCUUCGCGCCUCUGACGUCCCGCGGAAGCCAGCAGUACCGGGCUCUCACCGUGCCCGAGCUCACCCAGCAGAUGUUCGACGCCAAGAACAUGAUGGCCGCCUGCGACCCGCGCCACGGGCGAUACCUCACCGUGGCCGCGAUCUUCAGAGGCAGGAUGUCCAUGAAGGAGGUGGACGAGCAGAUGCUUAAUAUCCAAAACAAAAACAGCAGCUACUUCGUCGAAUGGAUUCCCAACAACGUUAAGACGGCUGUGUGUGACAUUCCGCCCCGUGGCCUCAAGAUGUCUGCCACGUUCAUCGGCAACAGCACCGCCAUCCAGGAGCUGUUCAAGCGCGUCUCGGAGCAGUUCACUGCCAUGUUCCGGCGCAAGGCCUUCCUCCACUGGUACACGGGCGAGGGCAUGGAUGAGAUGGAGUUCACGGAAGCGGAGAGCAACAUGAAUGACCUUGUGUCCGAGUACCAGCAGUACCAGGACGCCACUGCGGAGGAGGAAGGGGAGUUUGACGAGGAAGAGGAGGAGGAGGGUGCGGAACAGUAGAAACGGUCUUCGGAUUGUCUUGUUGUCCUGUCGAAACAGUUAUUACCAGCGUAUCGUCUAAAUUCAAUAUACCCCGUUCCAAAAAAUUAAA